AUCUCACUAAGCUUUAUCAGUUUUGGCGCUCUACAACAUCUUUUGGGCUCAACGGAAGUCUUGAACAUGCAAUUUGUGGUACUCGAUGGCCUCUAGACGCGCCCAUCAGGAUCACAGUUGUUAUAACUUGGUAUUCGUGUCGGUUGGCUGCCUGUAUUCGGUACACCUCCCGAGCGCUGAACUGCACUUGUGUGAAAUGUUCAGUCGCUGAACUCAGAUCAAGUUAAAGGUUCUUCCUUAAUCCGUUAUCAUGGACAGUCUCGAUUAUCACUUUUAUCAGCAUAUAACACUAUAUCCCAACUCCAUCGCCGUCCAGGACGACUACCUCACUCCCCACGUCGCAAUCUCUGUCCCUCGUUCGACUCUUCUCAUAGUACCUGUCCUCGCAGUUGUCAAGGCUGGAUUCGCAUGUGCCUCUCGAACCACCCGCCCCUCUGGCCGGAGUCGAGGAUCAAAUAUCCCAGUAUGGAACUAUACUGAAGCUCGUAUCCAAAAAUGAAAGACCUUAUCGAAUUGGGGUUACAUUCCUUCCCCUUUCAAUGCUCUUAGCUUCUUUUCAGGCUGAAUUUGGGCUUGGAGUGGUGUCCUACUCGGCCAUUUAUAAACAUACACUCGUCACAGCUCUAGGCUCCUAUUCGGACCAGCUGUCGCUUUCGCAUCCUAGGAGACAAAGUUCUGUAUCAACGGAUACCUACAACGGGCAUGAAUUGGCUUUCGCCCAAGCCGCCUUAAAUAAGGUCCUACGUAUCCGUGGUCUUACCAAUGAUGACGUAGAGGAUGCACUACCACACAUAGAGAGCAUUCCAGUGGUCCGUGGUCCGUGACCCACGAACUUUGGACAGCACACACUGACAUUGACACUCUUGUUCAUGCACUGGACGGUGUUAUCUCGCGUCUUUGAAUUUUGCGCACUGCCUUCUUCGAGGAGGGUACAUGACAAAUAGUAUUUUCCGAGGUCUUCUGGUCCAACACUCCCACCGUCCUCUCUUAUUUCCACAGAACCACCAUUGAUGCAUCGAGCUGUUUCUUUAAUGAAAUCUGGAUUAUCAUCUCAGGGCACCCACCAGCCGAACCGGUGCCUUCCCGCAAAUUUGUUGACUUUGAAAGGAGCAAAACUCGGAACCGUGGCUUGCAAACAAGUUUGCCGACUUGGAUGCCAUACCCUUCCCGAUUGGCAAUUCUGCUUCGGUUUAUAGUGCUCAUUUGGUCCUCGGUCAAAAAAUUGAGCACGAAGAGCAAACAUUGGCCUGAAACGAGUAUACGGUACGAAAAGCAGUCGAUGAGAACGAUUGUGCAGCCUGGUCCUCUGGGUACCGAUGUGGCUAUUGCUUGGACCACCACUAAUACUGUCGAUGGGGAGCUAGU